AGGCUUUCUGUGGCAUGGAGGAAAUCUCCCUGGGUUUGAAGACAGAUACGUCAGGUUGCUUCUUGCACUCUGGAUCGUGAAGCUGCGAGAGAGUGUUGGUGGCUUCUAGGCGCAAAGCAAGAGAGGCAGAGAUCUGCACAUCAUAGGCUCAGAGAGUGAAAACCUCACCCGAAGCACGCCACAGAGGACCAUGGCAUUUGCAGGGAUGCUGAGCGACGAGGACAUCAAGACUGCGGUCCAGGCUUGUCAAGCUCCAGGCACAUUCAACCACAAGUCAUUCUUUGCGCAAGUGGGACUGGCCAGCUUAUCUGAAGUAGAGGGGAGAAAAGUGUUUACAGUCCUGGACCAGGACAAGAGUGGAUACAUUGAGGAGGAGGAGCUAAAACGGUUCCUUCAGAAUUUCUCUCCAGGGGCGAGGGAGCUGACUGUGGCUGAGACCAAGGCUCUGAUGGCUGCAGGAGAUAAAGAUGGUGAUGGCAAGAUUGGGAUGGAAGAAUUCUGUGAACUCAUGAAAUAAAGAGAAUAAACAUGUACGGCCACAACUGGAUUUCCCUAUUUCUAACUAUGGAUUUUUUAUGGAAAUCCUGAUAUUCCAGAUUGUUUGAUGCAAAAAACCAGAAACCUCAGAUGUCCUGUAUCUGCCUGCUGCUCUCCCUGUUGAUGAUACAAUAAUGAGUAAGAUGUUUGGUGGAAAGACAGCAAAAGCUGGCUAUUAGUCAUGUGUGUUUAAUCAAUAAGGUAAUUGGAAUUGA